GGAACGCAGCAACCCCACCGCCGUUUCCAUGGUAGCGAGUGGCCGGAGCCUUGGCUAGGACCUAACCAACAAAGUAGGGUCAGUGUUCCGUGGCCCCACUGGAACUACGCAGAGCCAGGCCAGCGGGACCACAGAAUGGGCUGAGGCGGUGGCAGCUGUUUGGAUAAAGUCGACAGCUGGACGUGGGGUGUGACGCCGUAGUAAAAGCCCAGCUUGAAAAUGGAGAUGUAUGAAACCCUUGGAAAAGUGGGAGAGGGAAGUUACGGAACAGUCAUGAAAUGUAAACAUAAGAAUACUGGGCAGAUAGUGGCCAUUAAGAUAUUUUAUGAGAGACCAGAGAAAUCUGUCAACAAAAUUGCGAUGAGAGAAAUAAAGUUUCUAAAGCAAUUUCAUCAUGAAAACCUGGUCAAUCUGAUUGAAGUUUUUAGACAGAAAAAGAAAAUUCAUUUGGUAUUUGAAUUUAUUGACCACACAGUACUAGAUGAGUUACAACAUUAUUGUCAUGGACUAGAGAGUAAACGACUUAGAAAAUACCUCUUCCAGAUCCUUCGAGCAAUUGAAUAUCUUCACAGUAAUAAUAUCAUUCAUCGAGAUAUAAAACCUGAGAAUAUUUUAGUAUCCCAGUCAGGAAUUACUAAGCUCUGUGAUUUUGGUUUUGCACGAACACUGGCAGCUCCUGGGGACAUUUAUACGGACUAUGUGGCCACACGCUGGUAUAGAGCUCCAGAAUUAGUACUAAAAGAUACUUCUUAUGGAAAACCUGUGGAUAUCUGGGCUUUGGGCUGUAUGAUCAUUGAGAUGGCCACUGGAAAUCCCUAUCUUCCUAGUACCUCUGAUUUGGAUUUACUCCAUAAAAUCGUUUUGAAAGUAGGCAAUUUGACACCUCACUUGCAGAAUAUCUUUUCCAAGAGCCCCAUUUUUGCUGGGGUAGUUCUUCCUCAAGUUCAACAUCCCAAAAACGCAAGAAAAAAAUAUCCAAAGCUUAAUGGAUUGUUGGCAGAUAUAGUUCAUGCUUGUUUACAAAUUGAUCCUGCUGGCAGGAUAUCCUCUAGUGAUCUUUUGCAUCAUGAGUAUUUUACUAGAGAUGGAUUUAUUGAAAAAUUCAUGCCAGAACUGAAAGCUAAAUUACUGCAGGAAGCAAGAGUCAAUUCACUAAUAAAGGCAAAAGAGAAUUCUAAAGAAAAUGAACCUAGGAAAGAUGAAAGAAAUACAGUUUAUACUAAUAAACUGCUAAGUAGCUCAGUUUUGGGAAAGGAAAUAGAAAAAGAGAAAAAGCCCAACGAGAUCAAAGUCAGAGUUAUUAAAGUCAAAGGAGGAAGAGGAGAUACCUUAGAACUGAAAAAGAUGGAGUAUGAAAGUGGACUUUGUCAACAGGAUACAAAUGAAAAUGUUCAUGCUACCAUUGAACCACCAAACCCUAUCAACCCCAACACUGACUGUAAUGGCUUGAAAGAGUAUCCACAUUGCGGAAGUUCUGUGACAAUGCCACCCAUCAAUCUAACUAACAGUAAUUUGAUAGCUGCAAAUCUCAAUUUAAAUCUCUUUCACCCCAGUGUGAGGUUAAAUGAGAGAGCAAAAAAGCAACGAACUUCUUCACAAUCUACUGGACAACUUAUGCCUAAUAGCAGGCAAGAGGAUACAGGUCCUAUUCAAAGCCAAAUGGAGAAGGAUAUAUUUAAUGAGCAAACAGGUCACAGUGACCAAAUGGCAAACGUGAACAAAAGGAAGCUGAACUUUUCCAGAUCUGACAGAAAAAAAUUCCAUUUUCCAGAAUUGCCUGUCACAAUACAGUCAAAAGAUACAAAAGUAAUGGAAGCUAAACAGAUAAAAAUGCUGAAGAGGGAGUCAAAGAAAACAGAUUCACCUAAAAUACCAACUUUACUUAAUGCGGAUCAAAAUCAAGAAAAACAAGAGCUGAAAAAUUCUGGAUUAUCCUCCAAGAUGUGACUCAAGCAUCAACUUCUAUGGAAAUACUUGCCCAGCUUCCCCAAGCAACAAGGCCAUCCCUCUUGUGUGUAUGUUUAAUAAAUGAUUUGCUUGCCUAUUGGACUGUGUGUCUCGCCUGAG